AUGUCUGACGCUCGCCGGUGGGUCGGGUGUCUGGACAUCCUUCACGGCGAUAACCUUUUGCAUGUCCCGUUCACUUCAACACGGAGCAGAGACACGGGCGCGAGCUUCGCAGCCCGGAGGCGGCACCUUCCACAGUUGUCGAUAAGCGACGAAAGCCAUCAUGUUACCGAAACUAUCGGUUACCUCUACGACGAUGACCCCGAGAACGAGUCCCGACAUCACGCAGUCUAUUCACACCAACAUGGCAAUUAUCAGCCCCCUGUCUCCGUGAACGGCACACAGAUGGAGGAGGAACUUGGCUUUGGAAGAACUUCCAUGACACGGAAGCAAUUACCAUUCAGAGAUAUAUCAAACGACAAGGGCGUCGCACACCCAAACGGUUUUUCCACCGGUUCAUCCAGACCGGGCCGUUCCUGGGACCAGGAUCAUACAUCGCCUUCACCGGCUUCUGAUUCCCGUGAACGCUCACCCUCCGAUACUGCCACCUCACAAUUCCCUCUCAAUAAUGUCGACUAUGAAUCCAGUCCGGCGGGGCUGGCACAAGAGCUGAGCAACCUACAAGCUUUGAGGAGAAUGUCAAUGAGUGUUGGAGCCACCGAUGAUCCGGAUCUACCACAACUGAGCGCGGCUGGAAUGCCUAAUGCGCCCUCGGCCAGUGCGAGUGAAGACGACGCCUCUCGGCUUUUCUGGGUGCCUGCUCGCUUACACCCUGAAUUGGCCCCAAAGGAGUUCAAGACAUUUCUCGAGGGGAAGGCAGAGCAAAUACGCAGAAGGUCUGGGGAGUUGUCAGCCUUUUCAUCUCCCUCGUCCUCAAGAUCGAGUUCGCUCAGUCCUGGUGGCGGAAGUAGCAGCCUGCGCCGGAAAAAAUCAAUGCUAUCCCGUCAAAUUGACAGUUCGGUGGGAUAUCAAGAUGGAGCGGAACGAUUGGAGAGAAAGAAGUCAGAGUCCCGGAGAGCGGCUCCGCUAGAUUCAAACCUGCAAGAGUUGGAAACGUUGGUUGCACACACGCCAGGUCUUUUAAACACGAGUCCGAGCAAGCCGGCCGAGGAUGAGUCCGGCGACAUCAUUUUGCCCUCCGUACCAGGCUCCAGUUUGAAGAGGUCCACCCGGACCACGUACAGGCGGGGUGGUAGUGUCAAAGGGAGAGGAGCAGAGCGAGGGACCUAUGCUCAAAGAGCAGCCAGAAGAGCGGCUGCUGAAAGCCCCGGCAGCAGCAGACCAGAAUCACCCGAAUCUCAGCUCCCCACCAUCCCCCCCGUCCCGAGCUUUGCGUCUGUAGAUGUGUCCAACCUGGCGGAGACGUUGAAAGACCCGACAAGUUCGUCGCCUGCCGCAAAGACGACGGCUCCAAAUUUCUCAAGACCGGCCGGCCGCGAAGUUUUGUCCACCAAUUUUGGUUCUUCCGUCCCAUCCACCAUCGAUUCGAUUUUCAGAAACGACGAUGUUGCGAGGAAAACAAGCACUGCGAGUAUGCCGGAGAUGCGCAAACCUCUCCCAGUAUCCAAGUCUCCGCCACCGACGACAAGCUCUUUUGAGCGAAAGCCUGUACCACAAAUCAUAGAAGUCCCUCCGCCAGAGGAGCCGCAAAUACCCAUUCAGCCUCCACGAUCCUCGUCCAUGCAGUCGCCAAUCUCUCCUAUCCAACGACCUCCAGCCCGACAUCCAGAACGAGUGUCAUCUCGAGAUGACAAACACAAAACAGUAUCACCACAGAGGCCUCCUCUGCCUUCCAAACAAUCCCUGCCGAGCCUUGGUCCACGCCUGACAUCGACAAAUAACCUGCCGCCACCGUCACGGCCUGCACAAAGUCUUGAACAGCCCUCUCCACUCCCUGGAAACGACACGAACACAAAUAAUCUAUCAUUUAUACCGACGCUCACGGUCGACAAGCGGGCUGACGGCAAGAGGAAGGAAGAUGGCAAAAAGUCUAGCUGGAGUUGGCUGCUGGGUAAAGAGGACGGAGACAAGGAGAAGGCGGAAAAGCCAAAGGCCAAAAUCACCAAACCCCCUCAGCAACACGACAACACUAGACUUGAUGUGCUCCAAGCAUCUAUUGAUGGCGUCGGCAAGGGACGCGAGAGCCUGGUGUUGGACCGGGACGGCUUGAAGCUCGAGGAGGAGCGCAGGAAAGAGAGCCAGCGAAAAUCGUCGAGCAGUGGCGAGUCCAAAAAGGAAAAGGAAGGGUUGUUCUCUUCCAUCUUUGGCGGAAAGAAAGCCAAAGCAGAAAAAGAAAACAGCUACAAGAAACAGCGCGAUCGUGGAUUGUCACCCGAGCCACCCUAUCGAGAAUUGAAACCGGACAUCGACUACAACUGGAGCCGGUUUUCGAUUCUAGAAGAAAGGGCCAUUUACCGCAUGGCGCAUAUCAAACUGGCCAACCCUCGCCGGGCCCUCUAUUCCCAGGUUCUGUUGAGUAAUUUCAUGUACAGUUAUUUGGCCAAAGUCCAACAAAUGCACCCGCAAAUGAACCUGCCCACUAGUGCAAAGCAGCAACGGCAAAAACAACAAAAGGACCAACAGCCGGAUGAAUUCGUGCAAUACCAGCGGUAUCAACAGCAACAGCAGCAGCAGCAAACUGGUGAACAACAACACAUGUCCUACCAGGACCAGAGCAGCGAUACAACUAGCUACGAAAGCGAAGCCGGUGGUCCAAGGCCAGGGUCAAGGGGUGGCAAUUACUCGGGAGAGGGCAAUGGAGCCUUAUACAACGGCGAAGGAUACAAUCAAUAUCAUCACAACAAUCAACGACAGCAGGGCCAUUUUGGACCUCAAAUGGACGACGACGAUGACGACGACGACAUGUGGUAA